GACGUUGAGGCGACGUAACGCAGUUACAUUGUUGUAGGCCCUGAACUUUACCACUCUCCGGGAGUUAGCAUGUCCGUCUUCGAGGGCUCACUUUAAUUCAACACCUCCAUUCUCUUUAGAAACUCCACGUCCAGCGCGGCACCAUGAGUACGUUAUGGAUGGGAAACCUUGAGGCCUACAUGGAUGAGAAGUUUAUCACCAGAGCCUUUUCCACCAUGGGGGAGCAGGUGGUCAAUGUGCGCAUCAUACGCAACAAGAUGACGGGUGUGUCGUCACCCAGGGGGGCCCUGGGCUACUGCUUUGUGGAGAUGACCGAUGAGGCCACGGCGGAGAGGUGUUUGCGCAAAAUCAAUGGAAAAGCCUUACCAGGAGCCAAUCCCCCUACAAGAUUCAAGCUGAACCGAGCCACCUUUGGGAAACAAGACAUUGGUCCGAUGUAUUCUCUGUUUGUUGGCGAUAUAACUCCAGAGGUGGAUGACGGAAUGCUUUAUGAAUUCUUUUACAACCGAUACCCUUCCUGUCGUGCUGGAAAAGUGGUGCUGGACAGCAUGGGUAACUCCAAGGGCUGCGGAUUUGUUCAGUUUCCAGAUGAGCGGCUGCAGAAGCGGGCAUUAGAGGAAUGUCAGGGUGCCGUGGGACUGGGUGGUAAACCUCUGAGACUAAGCCUGGCUGCUAACAAUUUAAGGAACAGACAGCAGCAGCAGCAACAGCAGCAGUCGGAGCACAAGUCGUGGCAGUCCAGCUCAGCAUACAGAAACAGCUACGACCAGUACAACCUCUAUCAGCAGCAGGCCUAUCCUGGGUAUUACCCGUCUUGGGGCUAUGACCAGACUGGCUACGACUACCAGCAAUAUGAUUACACACAGCAGCCCCCACCACAGGAAACUGAAGCUGUUCAGGAUGAUGGACUUGAAGAUCCCAGUCUGGAGGUGGAUGUGGUUGAGGCCAACAGGAAGUUCAUGGAGCUCAGUGAGGAACUAUACGAUGCUCUGAUCGAUUGUCACUGGCAGCCAGCAGAGUUCUCCAUGGAACAGGACUAUGCGACAUCGAUCCUACCAGAGCCCAUUUAUUGCUGAAACUGAACACAUUUCCUUCUCUGGACUCAACCUCUCCAGUGUCAUUGAUUUUCAAUUGUCUGCUGAAAUUUUGACAGUAUUGAUGAUUCUUUUUUUUUCAAGAGCGUAUGAAAGGAUAUAACUCAUGGUUAUGGAUCGCCUUCAAGUGGAACAAUCCAUGAAAUGUACUGAUAUUACAUACCAUUCCAGGUUACAACAAAUAAAGUUCUGAAUAAUUUAUGGAUCUUUAAGAUGCACAGAAUCCAAAGUUAUCAUGAUCUGAGAAGUUUCACUUCAAGCAUAGCCCUACAAGUUAAGAUGGACACAAAACAUAUACAGUCAUGGUCAAAAGUUCCAGUGAGUUUUACAGCUCAUGUUUCUGUGAUGAACGAGUGGAACACAAACUACUUUGUCACCAAAACAGUCAUUAAGUUUUGUUCAGAAAUGACUUUGUUAUAGGUGUUUUGACACAACUCUAGUUUUUGUCAGAUGUACAGUGGUGUGUCUCCAAACUUGGUACUUUAUCCUCCAAACUUUAAAUUGAAAUUUGAGUUGUCA